UGCACAUUUGCUAAAUUGCUCCUCGCCGGCGACAAUCGGAGUCAAAAUUCGGACCCUAUGUCCGCGCCCAAUGCGAGCGAUUCGGUCCCGCAGGACGCCGAGGAUGCGCCGGCGGCCGUUGGCACCGCACCCGGCGACAGCACUGUGGAACCGGCGGGAGGCGUGGUACGCUCGUCGUCCGCCUGGAUGGGGAUCAACUGGCAGCUCCAGAACUGGUCGACGGCGCGCCGCGGCCACUCGGACGGACAUAUGAUGCCGCGGGACGCGGCCACCAGCACGUCGCGCGAGAACGUUGUGGCGCCGAGCCGGCCGGCCACCGUUAAGCGCAAGCGCGUCAUAGACGUCGGCCAGAAGACAGUGAAGCAGAUGAACGAACUGGCACGCUACGUGAACGCCAAGGGUCCGUGCGCCAUCUGCAGGACUCCGGGCACAGUGGUCACGCUCACUCAGAUCAAGAGGCGCAGGCGCAAGUUCAUGCGCCACUGGAAGAACGGGGGCAAUGGAGCCGCCAAAGGAUCGCCGGAAAUGUGGCCGCCAGACUCUGCGCCACUGCUCUCGCCCUCGGCCAAGGCUCAGAAAUCGGUGUCCUGGGUCGAACAUCACGAGGUACAGCACGACGCGGGGCCGGACUUUCUGAAUAAUGAGACUGGCGCUUUCCUGCUGCUACUGAGCGUGGUGGCGCUCGUCGUAGGCAUCCUGGUCAUCUUCAAGGCGACCGAGAACAGCCUCAAGGAGUACCUGGGACUCAUCACGCCCACUACAUCUGUGUCGAGCGCCCUUCCGGUGUGCAGCGAGGAACUGUCCCUGGAAGCGGCGCGGCCGCUGACCGAGGAAGCGCCGGCCGAGGACGACGCGCAGGGUGCUUCGCUGCUGACGCAGGAGCGCGCGGCACGUCAGAUCCAGCGCUGGUACCGACAGGGCGCGUCGCACAUGAGGCCCGAGUCGGAUGGGGCGCGUCGCAAGCGCGUCGACCGCUGGGCGCAGUCACUGCGCGCCUUCUUUAGCCGCAAGAAGAUCAACCACUUCCGAGCGGGCCUCCAGAAACGCUGGGGCAAAAAGCGUGCCGGCAAGGCGGCGUCCGAGGGCGCCGAGGACUUGGCGCCCCUGGAGCCCAACGAGGUGCGGCCGGCAACUGCAGCUGGCAGCGCGACCACCCUGUUCAGCCAGUACAGCUCGCAGAACAUGAACACCUGCGGGCCCGCGGCUCCCUCGACCAGCGUCGCUGGCUCAGAUGGGUCCAGAUCUGGUCACUACCCGGCUGACGGGGGGGUCUCAGAGCCGGACUCGCAACGCAGCAACACCGACACAUUACAUCGCUCCCAGAGUGACCAUCCAGUCAUUGGACGCUCCCGCAGUGCCCAGUAAUGAU